GGUAAUCCGUACACCGGUCCAUCUGUUACUGGAUGGCGAGGGCAGGACCUCAGUACCGUGGCACUCAAUCGCUUCCAUUUCGGCGCCAUUUGGUGUUGGUGCCAAACUAAUAUGGUACAUGUAGCUGCCUAGCUAGGUACCUGCCCGGACUCAUCAGGUUUUCACAUCAUAUCCAUCUUUUCCCUCUUCCUUCUUUUCCAUUUCCAAGUGCGACUGACAUCGCGCGAGCUGCAUCACCUCGCCUUACUGCAGCUCCAAAAAUUCUGAAGCUUUGAUGCUCAGCUAUUUGAAAACAUCAUGCAUUUCAACAUCCUCGCCACUAGGCUCGCCGCCCUCACAGCCAUAACGGUAUCGGGUGUGUCAACCAGGUUCUUGCCCGACUCGCCUCCUGUGACUCUGCAGCACGAUUCGCUCGCGAAAAGACAGGCAACUACAACGCUCCAACCGUCAAGAACUCAAAGCACGCUCUCGCCGGAUCCUUGGCAGUGUAUAACCGAGAACAUCACACAGUAUUUCGUCAACCUGCCUACGCCUACCGGGAACGUUCUCUCUGCCAUCGGCUCGUACGGCGAGGAAGUGGUCAAAGAAUGUAGAGCCACGGCGACCGGCCAUGACUAUGUCUUAUGCACCGUGUCGAACCCGCAAGAUUGGUGCGGCUUCACCACUGCCGCACCGCCGGAUAUCCUUUCCAGCUACUCGACCUACGUCUCCGAGGUAGUGUCUUAUUGGACUUCCAAGAGCUCUACCAUCUCCAUUCUUUCGACUAGCUGUCCCGUUACCUGGAGAAAUAUUUACCCGCACGAGCGCGAGUGGCUCAAAAUUGCUACGGCCCAUGCAAACUGCUAUCUUGAGGCGUAUCCCCAAACCCAGAGCGACACUACGGCGCCGACUGCCACGACCGGCGAGGCCAGUACGUCGACAACGGCAACAGCGCGAACGACCAUAACAACAACGACUAGUGAGGCUAGUGUUUCUCGCCGCGGUCAUACUUUGGAAGCCCUUGCCUUGAUGAGCACGGGACUUGUGGCACUCGCCAAUGUGGCAUGAUACGGUACCUUCAUGUUCUCACCUUGGACUCGGGACUAAUACGUGUGACAUGGCCCAAAAUGGCAAGCAAAUGUACCUUAGAAACCUAGCCUUAGAAAAGCCAGCUCCUGGGGGACUGUUUGUAGUUAGUACACAUCGGUAGCUGUUGGAAACUGGAUGUAUAAGGUAACGUUACCGAGUAAACACAUUUCAGAUAAAGUAGACGAGCGAGACCGAUCACCAACCCCUCAACGCCCAAUUUCCCUUGC